AGAAGCUGUCCACUGUCCAACGGCCUCUGCGUAUUGCUGUGUCCUUGGCCUGUAGGUACAUAGGGAGAAGUUCCCAGAGCGCCAGGCCAGACAGGAAUUGGAAAAGCAUUUGGCCUUGGGUAGAAAUGAGGUGGCAUGCACCAUCCUUCACCCAGCCUGUGUCCCCCGUAUUGAGGGGCAUCUUUUCCUGGGCUGGGCUGGGCAACAGCUGGAAGAGGUGGCUCUGCAGGGAACAAUGGAAUAGGGGGCUGGAAAGAUGCCUCCUCUGCCGAACUGCCUCAAGUGCUUUUGUUGGAUCUUUUUUGGUUUUUCCCAGAAAAGGAUCACCUUCUUUCUCUAAGAUUCCAGUCCAGGAGGGGGAAAAACCUUGUUCACUCAGCCUACAGAGGAGGUCAGUGCGGGGGCAAUUCAUUCGGACCAGCGCUUCCCUUUGUCCCAACCCCCAGCACUUCAGGCCAGACCCGCUGACACUCGACAGCGCCUGCAGUUUACCUUGGCUCGGUUCCAGUGAGUUCGAGCCCAGCCCUGGGGCGGCCCCCACCUCUCCACCUUGUUACGCCUUCCCACCCUCCUCUGCAGCGCAAAGAGUAGUUUAAAUAUAAAUCAGUCCUCAGCACAAACAGAGCUUGGGCGGCGAGUCUCAGAGCCGUCACCGGAACCGAGGGCCCAGGUUUGCGGAGCGAGUGCAAACACGCAGAGCCCGGCUCUGGACAAUCCCAAAAGCCAGGGAGGCUCUUCGCUCCCUUCCUCCAAGUGGAGACCCGCGCCCCUCGGGUCCCUUUCAACUCUCCACCCCUUCCUUAGUUCCUCUAUCCCACCAAGUCCCCAGGUCUCUCCACUGGCCUGCAAGCCUCCUGUCUCUUCCAUCUGCGGUGACCCCUUCCUCGGGGGCCCGCCAUCUCCCCGCGUGCCACCUCCUUGCCUGCGGGACCUCCUGGGUAGUUAGGGCUCACCAGGUCGAGUCCUAGAGACUCUGGGCUUCCGCAGCCGCGACGUCAGGGCCAAGACACCUGCCCGGGGAAACGGCAGCAGCUGGGCGGGGGCUUGCAGCACCUCUGACACCCGAGGAAGAGAGGGAGGAGAGAGUGCGUUUCAUCAUCGCCGCCACUUAUAAAAACUUCUGAGAGUUCACUCUCUUGCUCAGUCACCGCGUCGCGCUCCCCAUCGCCUGGCUACUACCGCCGCAGCUCGAAGGUCCCAAGUCCCGCAGAACCUGUCCCCAGCCUGUCGCCACCGCCUGGGCCGGGCCAGGGGACUUUGCCUCCGUCGCGAUGGGGCUCCUGCCCAAACUCGGAGCUCGCCAGGGCAGCGGCACCUCCUCUGUCCCAGCCAGACGCUGCUCCCGCUCGGUCUUCAGCAACAUUAAGGUGUUCGUGCUGUGUCAUGGCCUCCUCCAGCUCUGCCAGCUGCUCUACAGCGCCUACUUCAAGAGCAGCCUCACCACCAUUGAGAAGCGCUUUGGCCUCUCCAGUUCUUCCUCGGGUCUCAUUUCCAGCUUGAACGAGAUCAGCAAUGCCGUCCUCAUCAUCUUUGUCAGCUACUUUGGCAGUCGUGUGAACCGCCCUCGGAUGAUCGGCAUAGGGGGUCUCCUCCUGGCGGCAGGUGCCUUUGUCCUCACCCUCCCACACUUCCUGUCGGAGCCCUAUCAGUACACCUCAAUCACCACAGGAAACAGCAGCCGCCUUCAGGCCGACCUUUGCCAGAAGCAUUUGCCGGACCUGCCCCCCAGCAAGUGCCAUAACACCGUGCCAGACACGCAAAAGGAGACCAGCAGCAUGUGGACCCUGAUGGUGAUUGCUCAGCUGCUGGCCGGCAUUGGGACUGUGCCCAUUCAGCCGUUUGGGAUCUCCUACGUGGAUGACUUUGCAGAGCCCACCAACUCCCCUCUGUAUAUCUCCAUCUUAUUUGCUAUCGCUGUGUUUGGACCAGCUUUUGGAUACCUGCUGGGCUCAGUCAUGCUCAGGAUCUUUGUGGACUACGGCAGGGUGGACACUGCGGCUGUGAACUUGAGCCCAGGUGACCCCCGAUGGAUCGGAGCCUGGUGGCUGGGCCUGCUCCUUUCUUCAGGCUUCUUAGUUGUUACUUCUUUGCCCUUUUUUUUCUUCCCUCGAGCAAUGCCCAGAGGAGCGGAGAGGUCUGUUACCGCAGAAGAAACACUGAAGAUGGAGGAAGACAAGUCAAGAGGCUCCCUGAUGGAUUUCAUUAAACGGUUCCCCCGCAUCUUCCUGAGGCUGCUGAUGAACCCACUCUUCAUUCUGGUGGUCCUGGCUCAGUGUACCUUCUCCUCUGUCAUCGCUGGCCUCUCUACGUUCCUCAACAAGUUCCUGGAGAAGCAGUAUGGGGCCUCAGCCGCCUAUGCCAACUUCCUCAUCGGUGCUGUGAACCUUCCUGCUGCGGCCUUGGGGAUGCUGUUUGGAGGAAUCCUCAUGAAACGCUUCGUUUUCUCCCUGCAAACCAUCCCCCGAGUGGCGGCCGCCAUCAUGACCAUCUCCAUGAUCCUCUGCGCCCCUCUUUUCUUCAUGGGAUGUUCCACACCAGCGGUGGCUGAGGUCUACCCCCUCAGCACAUCAAGUUCUAUACAUCCGCAGCCUCCUGCCUGCCGCAGGGAUUGCUCGUGCCCAGAUUCCAUCUUCCACCCAGUCUGCGGAGACAAUGGAGUAGAGUACCUCUCCCCUUGCCACGCUGGCUGCAGCAGCCUCAACCUGACGUCAGCAGCUUCCAAGCAACCGAGCUAUUUGAACUGCAGCUGUGUGACUGGAGGGUCUGCGUCAGCAAAGACAGGAUCCUGCCCGGUGUCCUGUGCACACUUCCUGCUCCCGUCCAUCUUCCUCAUCUCCUUUGUGGCGCUCAUCGCCUGCGUCUCCCACAACCCGCUCUACAUGAUGGUGCUUCGCGUGGUGAACCAGGAUGAAAAGUCAUUUGCCAUUGGGGUCCAGUUCUUGUUGAUGCGCUUGCUGGCCUGGCUGCCAUCUCCGGCCCUGUAUGGUCUCAUCAUCGACUCCUCCUGUAUCCGGUGGAACUACCUGUGCUCAGGGAGACGAGGGGCCUGCUCAUAUUAUGACAACGAUGCUCUCCGCAACAGGUACCUGGGCCUGCAGGUGGUCUACAAGGCCCUGGGCACACUGCUACUCUUCUUCAUCAGCUGGAGGGUGAAGAAGAACAGGGAAUACAGCCUGCAAGAGAAUGCCUCGGGCCUCAUCUGACCCUCAGUCAUGGCUACCCCCGUUUCAGAGACUGGAUCCUCCCCCUCCACACUAGCCUGUAUUAACUGAUGUUAACGUGCCUUUCCCUUUUCUUCCUUUCUUCCUUCCUUCCUUCCUUCCUUCCUUCCUUCCUUCCUUCCUUCCUUCCUUCCUUCCUUUUCUUCCUCCUUACCUCCCUUCCUCCCUCCCUUCCUUUAUUAUUAAGACAGUCCCAUUCCUUUGUCUCAGCCGCCUCACCCUCCUGAAGUCUACUCAAUGGUUCUUGAGGCCUUGUGCACUGGACUGAAUGAGCACUGAACUGGAGGGUCCAGUUUCCCAGACUCCUUGGAAGGGGUCUCCCACAUCGGCAGGCUCUCCUCAGCGUUGGGUCCUCCCACAAGACGCCCGUGAGGCAGCCCCUGCUCUCACCAGCCUCUCAGGAAUGCUUAAGAAGAGUGAGAAUAGGGGUCUGUGUGUUCCGGGCCAGGCCAGCCAGCUCUCCUCUGCCUGGAGCCAGAGUGAGAGGAAGAGGAGGAGGAGGUUGGUUUCUUAACAAGGAACUGGCUGCAGUCCCUUUCCACCUGGAUUCAGUCUAGAGUGGGACUCACUAGGGCCUGGCUCCCUUAGUUUCCUCACUUUCUGCCCUCGAGGCUGAUUUGAAAGCCACCAUUUUGGGAAGUGCAGACCUCUCUCUAUCACCUACACCCUGGUAUCAGAGCAGGAACUAAGGAACCAGAGGCCAGGUCAUUCAAACACUGUUUGCAGGAACCUGAGGCCUCUCUACUCUCUGCCUUUCUGGGGUUCCAUUUCAAACUGAGAAAGCCACAAGACGAUGACCUAGGGAGGGCCCAGUGUCCCACCCUCACAGUGGAGACCAGACCCUUCGCAUUCAGAGACACGAGAGGCCCUCCCCACCCUUCCCUGGAAUCAGAAGAGUAGCCUCCCAUGGACCCCACUGUCUGGACCUCAGCCCGUGUGCAGAGGAGUAAAGGGAGGCCAUCUGAGAUGCAGCCAGAGCAAGCGAUGGAGCAGAGUGGAUGUCACCUGUCACGGUGCUUGAUGGCAAGCUGUAGCCCACAAAGAGAGCAGCCAGGUUGGCUUGUUGCAAACACAUUGUGUUCAUUGACAUUUUCUCCACUUCUCACUACCUCUGGGUGGAGGUGGUCACCUUCUGUGGGCCUGGGCUGGAGGCCAUUACUGCUAUGCAACAGAGGGGCAAAGGCAGAAGCUGAGGAAGGGAGGGUUUUACCAACGACUCUGUUUAUUGGCUGAGAUGGUGCUUGGCAGGAAUACUACACGGUUCUCCAAGAGCUCCCCUGUCAAUCUUACCGCUAUUCAUACUAGGGCCUCCUCCCAGAGAGCGGUAGGUGAGCAUCAGGGGCACACUCUAAUGCUUGCCAAACAUAUCGCGUGCCCACAGAUUGGCAGAGAAGAUUCUGACAUGGCCAUUCAUGCCAAUGAGGGCUCACAGACUGACUGUGCACCUGACCUUGAGUGAGAACGGAGAGCUGCCUCACCAUGUCUCUGAAGUAGCUAGGCAAUUGUCAUUGCCCUAUAUGACAUUUAAGUACCUUCCGGAAAUGCCUUAUAUGGAGAGAAGUCAAAAGGUUUAUGUCGGUGCGGCCAAGCUGCUGUGCACUGAAGUCUUUGCAGAAGCCAUCGUUACUGACAGCGUGCUUUCUGAAGCCACCAGGAUUAUUUCCACACAUCUUGCUUGGGAGGAGGCUGCACACAACCUCACGGGCCAGUUUCAGCAUGUGCAAAGGUUCUGCUUGGAACCUGAUCCUCUGCAACUAACCCUGGGCUUGCUCACUGCAGUUUAAGCAGAUUCUGAAGGCAUAGCCUCCAGCCAACUUCACGAACGAUGAACGCCAAUCUUUAGCUUCUGGGAGAUUGGUUGUCUCCACAAGCCUUUAUUCUAUUGUAUUGCUAUUAAUAUAUUAUAAUUUUGUCAUA